AUGGCGGUCGACGCGAUGAACGCCGUGCGCGCGCCCGUCCUGAGCGACGACGGGACGACGCGGGAAGAGAUGAACGCCGCGCCGCUUCCGAAGCGGCGGUUCCAAGCGAGGUAUAGACGAUCGGGAAUGAGUUUUUCGGUGCAAGAUCGUGAUUUGGUCGCGGCGUUGGAUAAUAUUAAGAACACGCGCGCGACGGCGGCGUACGGGAGCGCGCAGUACAAGAGCGCCACGGCGAACGCCGUCUCCGCGGACGUCGCGUCCGCGCUCGGGGUGUACGUCGGCGGUCUGGCGCACACCGUCGGUUUUAAGGACUCUUUGCAAAACGAGCCCGACGCCGAGGAGCUUCCGGUUCCUGAGCAACCGAAGGAGUUGACGCUCGCGAGCGUGUACGACGCGUUCGCGGUGGAGCCCAUCGCGUCCAGGUGCCUGGCCGAUGUCCACGCGCGAGCCGCCGAACUCGUGGAGAAGCACUGUCUGGAAGAAAACUUCUGCAUCGUCGACUUGGCCACGGUUAAAGCCCUGUUCGAUUAUCACAAGGCGAAGCUUCCGCGGGUGCGACCGCACUUUGCUGUGAAAUGCCUUCCAGACAAAGGGAUCAUCUCAACCCUCGCCGCCCUGGGCGCCGGGUUCGACUGCGCCUCUCAGGGCGAGGUCGAGCUCGUGACCUCCCUCGGUGUACCGAGCGAGCGCAUCAUUUUGGCUCAUCCGGUGAAGCGACCGUGCGAUUUGCGCUGCAUCGCCGAGUACCAAGUUCCGUACACCACCUUUGACUCUGUGUCCGAGCUUCACAAGAUUCUCGCCUCUCAGGUUGACGUCAAGCUCGUCUUGCGCAUCCGGGCCGACGAUCCCAUGGCUCGUCUUCCGCUCGGCGCCAAGUACGGUGCGCCGUUGGACAAGGUCUCAGAACUUCUCUCCGUCGCUGCCUUGCUCAACUUGGACAUCGCUGGAGUUUCCUUCCACGUCGGCUCGUCCUCACGCAACCCUGACGCGUACCGUAACGCCAUCAAGUACGCGCGCGACAUCUUCGAUGAAGCCACGUCGAUGGGUUUCAAAAUGCACCUAUUGGAUCUUGGCGGUGGCUUCACCGGCUCGUUCGACGCGAACGGCAACGUCAGCGAAGCCCCAUCCAACUUCGAUCGCGUGCGCGAAGCCCUCGAUGAAAUCUUCCCGGAUGACGGCACCUUUGAAGGUUUGCAAAUCAUCGACGAGCCGGGCAGAUAUUUCGCCCAGGCUCCGGUCACGAUGGCGUGCCUGGUCUACGGUAAGCGCGAAGGAAGCAACGACAACGGUGAGCGCCAACUUGACUAUUACAUCACCGACGGCUUGUAUGGUUCCUUCAACGGCAUCAUCUACGAUGGCCUCGACUUGCCGACCUACUUUUUGCAACCGAACAAGGUUGCUCCGCUCGCCGGCCUAGAAAACGAGUUCGAGAAGACGAAAAUUUCUUCCACCGUUUACGGUCCGACUUGCGACUCUCUCGACUGCGUCAUGCGCAACGUUCCACUUCCGGAGCUGUCCAACGGAGACUGGCUCAUGUUUCCGGACGCUGGCGCUUACACGAUGGCGGGUGCGUGCGAUUUCAACGGCAUCUUGUGCUCUAAGUAUCACUGCUUCUACGUGAGCAGCGAGAAGAUGUGCGCCACGGCGACGCCAAAGGAACUCAACGAGCUCGUUUACCAAAACGACCGUCCUUCAUGCACUUUGGUUCAGAACCGCUAA